AUGCGCGAUCUCAGGAUGCUCGAACCGAGCCACAGCAACUCGUACUCCGCCGCGAUAUUGUGCCGCGAGCGGUGCAUGGUGGUCCAGGUGGAACAGAUUCGACUCUUGAUCACCGCGGAGGAGGUGUACCUACAGGACGGUCGAAACAUCACGGUCACCAAGUACCUCCCCGAGCUGCAACGGAGGCUGCUGAUGCGGAAACUGAAGCUGAUGGACUCGCACGGGAUCUCGAACGUGUACGACAGCGACACGGACAAGGAGGAUAACGGGGGAUCGGAAAACGACGCGAAGCGAGGCGCGAGCGUCGACGCGAGAGAGGUCGUGAUGUCGGAGGCGACGCCGCCGCCGCCGCCGCCGCCGCCGACGACGACGACGACGCCGGAGAAGACCGCGGGUUCCGGGCCCGGGUACGACAGCGAUAGCAGCGUGCGCGGGGGGAAGCUCGCGAAAGGGUUGGGGAGCCGUUCGCAGUCGUUGGACGACGUGCAGCGGGUGGCGGCGACGGCGGCGACGGGGAAGGCGUCGUCGCCGCUCGCGCCGGCGUCUGCGAAACCGGCGCUUCAAACCGGCGUCGGGACGCCGCCGCCGCCUUUAGGGGCGAAGAAAAUCCAAAUCCAGUCGGCGGCGCCGGCGGCGUUAAAAGUCGCCGCCGCCGCCGCCGGCGGAGGCGGAGGCGGCGACCCGUGGGGCCCCGGAGGCGGCGGCGAUAACAGCGUGUCCGCGACGCUUCGACGGUUGCAGUCGAUGAACCGGAACGAGAGCGCUCGACAGGAGGACCUCCCGUUCGAGCUCAUCGCGCUCGAGGUCGCGCUCGAGAUUGUCUGCAACGAUCUCGAGGCGGAGCAAGUCGCCGCGGCGGCGGAAGCGAAAUCGUCUCUGGAGUCGCUGCGUAAGAAGGUGUCCACGGUGAACCUCGAGAGAGUCCGGCGGUUGAAGUCGAGAGUCACGCGCAUGACUGGCCGAGUGUCGAAAGUUCGAGAAGAGAUCAAGCGCUACCUGGACGACGACUCGGACAUGCGAGACAUGUACCUGACGCGCAAACUGCUCGCGGAGCUGUUCGCGAACAUCCCAGGCAACGAGCGGCAAGGCGGCGCGACGCCGAUGGGCGGGUUCAACGGCGCGGGGUUCCAAGCCGCCAUGGCCGGCGUCGGCGGGGUGGGCGGGUAUUACUCCCCUAGGUUCGGCGGCGGCGGCGGGGAGCCCGGACGCGGGGGCCGGGCGCAGAUCCUCCGCCAGCCCAUCCUCUCGCCGAUCAAAGACAAGGGCGAGACGACGACCGACGGCGACGGCGACGCGAAACGCGACGACGACGACGCCACCGGCGGCGGCGGCGACGGCGACACUCCGAAGGACCACAGCGACGACGACGUCGAGCCGGAGUACUACCCCGACUUGAACGACGACAAGGACCUUCAGGAGGUGGAGGAUCUGCUCGAGACGUACUUCGCGAACAUCGACAGCACGUUCGCGGAGCUGCAAGCGCUGGACGAGUACAUCGACGACACCGAAGACUUUGUUAACAUCGAGCUCGACAGCCAACGGAAUCAGCUCAUCAAGCUCGAGCUCGUGCUCACGACAGCGACGUUGUUCGUCUCCAUGUACGGCGUCGUGGCGUCCAUCUUCGGGAUGAAUCUGACGAGCGGGAAGGAGGACUCUAAGAGCACGUUCGUGGCGGUGAACGUCGCGUGUUCGGUGCUGAUGAUCUUCGCGUUCGCGGCGUCGAUGAUUUACAUUAGGUAUAAGCGAAUUCUGUGAUUGAUGAUGUGCGAACGUCUCGUCGCGUUGGGUUUGGAUUUGGAGGGGGAGGGGGGCGCGCGGCGGCCCCCGCCCCUUUGUACUAUUUUUUUAUUUAUCGCAAACGAAAGUUUUGGC